CAGUAAAGUGUGUGGUUUUACACCGCUGAGGCGCAGGACUUUAAAUCUGGCGAGAUUAAAUCACGGUGUUUUACUACAUAUAACGACGUGUGUAGGGAAAUUCACACUGAUUUUAUUUGUUCUUGUGUCUUUUCGCUCUGAUUUUGGGAUACUAUCGAGGAUGUCUACCGUCCUGUUCUCCAGCAUCGGCGGGGAAAGACUAGCCUCGAGGAAAAAUGUCCCUCAGGAGAUCGCUUCUCAAUUGAAGAGAACGGGAACAUGUCGAAAUCUGUUCGGACCUGUGGAUCACGAUGAGCUGAGGCGAGAACUGGCGUCAAAACUUCGCGAAAUUUCUGAACGAGACCAGCAGAGGUGGAACUUUAAUUUCAGCGAAGGACAGCCGCUGGAUGGGGAUUUAAAGUGGGAGGAAAGCCCAGCUGAGGGCUGCCCGCUGUUUUACAGAGAAACAACUCUGAUAGCAAUAAAGAGACAAAUUGUGGACUUUCCGACAACAGAAAGAAUCAUAAAUGUUGACACAAAGUGUGAAAGUUCAUUGAAGAUCCGUAAGAGUCAAACACAACGCAGAAAGUUCUCUCGUAAACGCGUCCAGACGAAGAGCCAAACAAACAUGCGCAUUACAGAUUUCUAUGGAAAGCGAAAGAGAACGGACGUCUGUAAGGAAAGGAGAACCAUGGAAUGAAAAGGGCUCACCAGUGGUGCGUCACGGAGUGAUGGCGGGAAAAGGCCGGAAGUGAUGACGAAUCAGAGUCUGACUCGCGUUAUUACGUGAUAAUAUGAUUCUGUCAUUUAUUUAUUUACUGUUUUUGUCGUUUAUACAGUUGAAUCGUGAAUGAGCAACUUGGUUUGCUGUUUACAGUGUGCAACUAACAUGUAACUUUAAAUUAAAGUUAGGAUGAGUAAGCCUAUUUAUUAAUGCCUAAUAUAUAUAUCAUGUAUAUAUUUUGCCAUGGCCUAAGUUAUUUAUUUAUUGUUUAUUCACUGCAUUUUGUUUCAAGAAUAGGUUUAUUUCAGUUAAAAUUUUUGUCUUGAACAAAAUCAUCCUGAGCCAUAUU